GUAAUUUUCCUUUAUGCCUAUCAGCUCCUGUCUACUACUUAUUUUUUGUCUCAACACUCAUGGGUUAGUAGCCUAUUUGAACGUUUGCAGAGACAGAGCAUUUGCAGUAGACUACCAAACAGAGAACUACGGUUGACCGUUGUGCAUCUUUAACUGAGCAUGGCACAAGAACAGCACAAGGUCUGCACAACGCCUGACAUAUGGCAAGAAGCAAUGGAACUUGCUAUAACUGUGGCCAGGAAAGCAGGAUUGGUUAUCGUGGAUGCUCUGCAGAAUGAAGUCAAGAUCAUGACCAAGAGCUCCUCUGUAGACCUGGUCACCAAUACAGACCAAAAGGUGGAGCAGCUGAUCAUUGCCGCUGUCAAGGAGAAGUUCCCCACGCACAGCUUCAUUGGGGAGGAGUCUGUAGCUGGUGGAGAGCCCUGCAUACUAACUGACAACCCGACCUGGAUCAUCGACCCAGUGGAUGGCACCACAAACUUUGUACAUGGGUUCCCAUUUGUUGCGGUGUCUAUUGGCUUUGCAGUGAAUAAAGAGUUGGAGAUUGGUGUGGUGUACAGCUGUGUAGAGGACAAGAUGUACACGGGGAGGAAAGGGAAGGGUGCCUACUGUAAUGGAGAAAAGCUGGAGGUGUCGGACAGAAAAGACAUGAAAAAAUCCAUGAUCAUCAGUGAGCUGGGCUCUAACAGAGACCCAGAGAUCGUCAGCAAGAUCUUCUCCACAAUGCAGAAAAUCCUGUGCAUCCCUGUCCAUGGGUUACGGGGAUCGGGCACAGCAGCCACCAACAUGUGCUUGGUGGCAUCGGGAGCAGUUGAGGCCUUCUUUGAGAUUGGAAUCCACUGCUGGGACAUUGCUGCUGGGGCAGUCAUUGUUACAGAGGCAGGUGGUGUUCUGAUGGAUGUAAAUGGUGGACCAUUUGACUUGAUGUCUAGAAGAAUGGUGUCAGCAAACAAUAAAACGAUUGCUGACAAUAUCAUUAAGCAGAUUGAAAUAUUUCCUGCUGAAAGAGACGAUGCUGUUAAGCAAUGAGCAGUUUAUUCAAAUACUUUUUUCAGCAGCAGUUUAAUAUUGUGUAUUUCUUGUAUGUUUUUAUCUUUAUAAUGUAUUUUAACACAAAACUUUGUCCUGUGCCAGUAAUGAAAAGGUUUAUACUCAAGUAUUUCUCAAUUGAAAAGGAAUUUUGUCUAGAGCCUUACCAUGGUCCUUUCUGCUGUAAUGUUCUAAAUAGAAUAAAUGCCAUUAUAUAACGCUGUACUCUUUUUGAUAUUACGGUUUGCCACACAGUGUCAAAUAAUUGAAGACCAUUGUAUUUUUAUAACUUCAUCUACAUUGUCACCAAAAUGUAUUAAAUGUUAAAAUGUUUUCACCAUGGGGCAAUGCACUAUGAGAUGAAUGGCUCUCUGUCUCUAAAGUCUCCCUUUUUAAUGGGGCAUUGAUUCUUCUCCAUUCCCCUUAAGGAUUUUAAACCCUACACUGUACAGUCAAAUUGCUUGUGCAAUAGAUAAGGGGUGUGUCUAAGGUUUUUCCUAGGUUUAGUUUGAAAACAUCAGAAAAUUUCCAAAUGCUUGUGACAUUGUACUGCGUACUUACAAUUACCCUGAGGGGACAGGGUAAUUGAUGUUCACAUUUUGAUUGAUUUGCUUUGCUAACAUGUUAAAAGAUUCUCACGUUUAGUCGAAUAUAAAUGUGUCAGGUCCUAUCAACAGUAUUUUCCUUGUUAAAUACAGGCUAAAUAAAGUUCUAAAGUGUU